AUGAAGCGUAUCCUUUGGGAAGGAAAAAGAGGAAGAACCUCCCUCCGCCCGUUCCGCCCGUUCGUAAAUUUGGGCUACUUACACAACGUGGGGAGGAAGGACGUGCACACAGCCCGGUACCUCUGCCUGAACAACGACAAGCGGACUCUCAACAAGUUGGCAAAUUUAAAAAACAUCCACCUGAAGAAAAACACCUGCACAGGCAAAAUGGAAAUAUUCAUCGACGAUUCGAUUUUGUUAACAAAUGGGAAGAACGUACUUUCCUUCGAGAGCUUCGAUCUGUGCUUUUUGAUAAAGCAUGAGUUACUGCGAAAUAGGGAGAAGAUGGAUUUGCAGAAAAUGCCCUUAACCUUGACGGCUAACAAUUUGGUCGAUUUUUUGGAGGGGGCGGUACCCCAAGGGGAAGACAAAAUGCACACCAAAGAGGAGGAUAAAAAGGUGCACUUCCAACAGCAGAGAGCCAUCAUGGAAAAUAAAAUCUUUGAAAAUUUUCAAAACGAUUUAAUUCUUUACCAAAAUGGACAGCCAAAUAUGAUGGACAGAGUGAAGAAGGGGGGAGAGUCCCAAACGAUUGACUUGCCGAAAAGUCUUAAUUAUGUAGAAAAUUACAAAAUAAAAAAUUUGACGGAGGAAGAAAAUAAUGUGUACAAUAAAUACAUUUCAAUUUUUGAAAACAUCCAUGGAGUUAAGUUAAAAAGAGCAAAUCACUUCGAAACUCCUGUGCAGGAUUUUCAUGUGGAAGAGAAAAUAAAAAAUUUGAUAAAAAAUAUGAACAGUUCAGGCAUUUUUUUAUUUUACAAAUGCACACAAAUUUUGAAUUCCUUCGUUUUUAGUUACCUAUUUUUGCAUGGGUAUAUAGGUUAUAAGGAUGUGUAUCGGUGCUGCAACUUGGAGUCCAUUUAUCAGUUUUUCAAAUGGGGUUACGUGUACGACGUGCACGGCGCAAAGGACGCGGGCGCGCUGCUCGCCCUGUCGUCGUUGCGCGUGUUUGAGGCGCUCCUCCGGCGGGAAGAGGUGAUGAAAAUUGACCAAUCAGAAUGGCUAAUAAAAAUGGCUAAUCAGAAUGGCUAA